AGACCUCGCUUGACCGCGUGCACAUAUAUAUAGCAGACGAGAAGCGAGAGUCAGAAUCACAAGUUCCCGGACCUCGAUCACGAUCGACAAACUCGAGAAGGUAAAUACACACAGCAAAUCAUGAAGCUCUGUAUUGCGAUAUUUGUGACGGUGUUCGUUGCUACGGGAAUCCGCUAUGGGUCUACAGCGUUCACGCCAGCAUUGAUGGAGAAGGUGAUUACAUGUCGGGGCGAUGCGACAGACGUGACGCUCAUGUUUGACUCGGGUUUCAAUGGUGAGGUAUUCACGACGGGAUUCCACACCGACAGCAGAUGUCGGGCCAGAGGGACAGGAACGGAAUCUCUCACGCUACAGAUCGACUACAACGAAUGCGGAGUCUUCCAAAACACCGCCGACCAAACGUACAUGGUAUUUGUCAACGUCGCACAACGCCAAAACCUGAUCAAGGCCGACGACCAGGCGUUCCUUGUCACCUGUCACUACGACAUUGACAUGUCGGUGGACAAUCAGCGCUAAUGAGUUAGAGGGUGGCGACAGCUGUCCACCGCCCUCGUGCACAACACGCCUCCGC